AUGCAUGACAUCCGUAGGAUUAUUCAUAUUGGAGUCCCUUGUAUAAUUGAGGAGUAUUUUCAAGAAGCUGGUAGAUGUGGACGAGAUGGACUUCUAGAGCAUCUUCCACAAUAUACUACUAACAACUCAUCAUCUUUUAACAUUUCACCCCCCAUGAAAGAGCUAAUUGUAGCUGUGGCAGAUAAAUGCAAAAGGGAAAUAAUUCUGAAUUACUUUGGUUACAAACUAGCAAAGAGGAUUAAACCAGAGCAUACUUGCUGUGAUUUUCGUCAACAGAAAUGUAGCUGUGAUGACUGUGUUUUAAGUUCAGCUGCUGAAAUGUUAGAAAAUGCCAAUUCUAGUGUAUUGGACCCAUCUAUAAAUAUUUUAAUUUGA